AUGCCCAUUUUAAGGUUCUUUGACCUCACCUGUCUAUCUGGGGAUGACCUAGACCAGGGGUCUCUAACCCUGGUUCUGUACAACCCCGAUCUUCUUAGACUAACAGUUGAAACUCGGAGUGCAUCAAACCCAGUCCACAAAAAGGAUUUGAUCGUCCGUCUAACUGAUGACACGGAUCCUUUCUUUCUAUACAACCUCACGAUCAGUGAAGAAGACUUCCAGAGCCUAAAAUGCCAGCAAGGAUUGUUAGUAGAAUUUUCAUCAUUCCCUCAACGAUUUAUAGACCUUUUAGAACAAUGCAUCUUGGAGCAAACAAAAGAAGUGCCAAGGUUUUUACUGCAAUUGGAAGCAUCAUCUUCAGUCCUAGACAGAUUGCCGGCCGGUUUGAAUGUAAUAGAAACAAACCCAUUCAAACACCUUACUCACCUUUCACUGAAGCUGCUCCCAGGAAACGACACUGAUGUGAAAAAGUAUUUAGCAAUCUGUCUCAAAAGCUUAAAGACAGAAAAAGAUAUGCUUGAGGAAAAGCUUCACAGAACUGAGGAUGACCUAUCUAAAAGAUUAAGUAUAACUCAGCAGACUUUGGCUGAAAAAAAUAAAGAAUUAGAGAGGUUGCGGAAUGAAUGGUCAUCUCACGCCUCCUUGCUGACAAACCGGCACACUCAGGAUGUUACAGCUGAGAGAGAGAAAUCUCUGCAGAUUCAGUCCCAGUGCCAGAUAAAGUAUGAGCAACAGAAAAGGGAGAUGGAGACAGCAUACAGCAGAGCAGUGCAGCACUUAGAAAGCAGAGUAGCAGAACUGGAAUCCACCAACAAAGAGCUCACGGAGAGAAAGUACAAAUCAGACUCUGCAAUUCGAGAGCUGGAGGCUAAGCUGACAGGCCUGGAAGAGGACUAUCAUCGAUCUAAACAAGAAGUAAUUUCCUUGAGAAGAGAGAAUUCUACCCUAGAUUCAGAGUGUCAUGAAAAGGAGAAGCUGCUGAAUCAGCUAAGGACAAGGGCAGCUGUGUUGGAGCAGGAAGUAAAAGAUAAGGAGCAAGUUGUCACAAGGACAACAGAUGCCUUUGAAACUGCAAAGGAGCAUAAGAAAAAGUUGGAAGAAAGUGUGGAACACAAACAGUUGCUAAUUGGAAAUUUCGAAUCCACUGUGAAAUCUCUGUCAGAGGAGCUUUUAAAGGCCAAUGAAAUUAUAAAAAAGUUGCAGGGGGAUAUGAAGAAACUAAUGGAAAAAAUUAAACUAAAAAAUGCUGUUACUAUGCAACAAGAGAAACUUCUUACUGCAAAGGAGCAAAUGCUUCAAGAAGAAACAUUAGAGCUGGACAACUUGAAACAUGCAUUAAAACAAAAGGAAGACGAGGCCGCAAAGCUGCAAGAACAACUUGAUAGCACAGCACAAAAAUUGGAUGAAAGUAAACAGUUGCUUAAGACGAAUGAAAAUGUGAUAUCUUGGUUGAAUAAACAACUAAAUGAAAAUAAGACAGCUUCAGUGCAAGGAACAGCUGGGUUCUGUGAUUCUGCCAUGCCUGGUAACACCUCAUCAAAGCCUUCGGUGAUGCAGAACAGCCUGCAACAGCCCCCAGCUCUCUACAGCACUCGUUUCUCUGUCUCCCCAUUGCCCCAGCACGCCCCUUCUGCCCAAGGAAUGCAUCCGGCAUCUUUUGGCCCCAGUAUGAUUAGACACAGACCCCAGUUUUCUUGA